AUGGAUCGCCAAGGUGAUGAAUCCACCGCAAAUGCGGAUCACAAUACCGAUGAGCCAAACGAUGAGGGACCUUCAUCGACAGCGGUGAAUGAAGAGAGUCAAACCAUUUAUGGAUUGCCGCCUCCUUCAAAUAAACCGGUGUAUCCCGUGAUGCCAACGAGAUACAUUCCUCCAAGAGGCAACACGAAUCCAUUGCUCAGACGCCGAGCGCUAUUGAGUAGGCAGGGCACCGAUCAACAGCAGCGACGCGUCCAACCGCGACUGACCAUCGCAAGACCACCGGAUCAGCCAAAAUCGGCGAUAGUCGAACCGGAGCCAACGGAACCGGAACCUUCAACGGAGCCGGAGUCGGAGCCGAACUCGUUCAAUCAACACAGAAAGCCGCAUGAUGACGAUGAGAGUGAGAAACGUUCAGAGAAUGAUGCUGCUCUCGAGAAAUCGUCAGAGCCUGUCGAACAGGAAACGAAACCGGAAAACGAGGCAAAAACGAAUGAGAAUGGCAAACUUCUUGAAGAGGGAGAGUCGAUGGAGGAACUCUCAAAGAAUCUCAGAAAGGCUUUCAUUUCUCAGUAUAUGGAGCAGAAAUAUCAAGAGCGUUUGAAGAUGCAACCUGAGCCCAUAAAAGAUCACUACGUUACUGUGAAGGUGAUUGAACAAGAAACUCGAUCGCAACACCAAGUGCGUUCUCAUGCUGCUGUCGAGGCAAUGCUUUUGAUCCAGGAUCGCCAACAACGCUACAAUGAGAACCAUCAGCUGAGGGAGCAAGUACACUUUAUGGAUAUGCAUGCUGAAAGAGAAAUCACUCGUUUGAGAGCGAUGAACCGACGCCGGAAGAUCAAUCAACUCUACGAAGCGCCAAGAAAACCGCAGCGUAAUGCACGUCUGCCGUCGUCGUCCUCGUUUCGACAAGUGUUCGAGGACGAGGACAGCAUUACUUGGCGCCACUAUAGAGUGUUGUUCGAUGAGUGGGCUGAAGAAUUCCGACAGGACUUGUUGGAUAUGGAAUUAGAGCCGGAGGUUUUGGAUUUUCUUGAGAGCAUCUUCGAUCCGGAACGGGUCACGUUUCCACCGCUUCCAAUUGCGGCACAUCUUCCGGAUAACACCAGAUUGGGAAUUCCGUCAAGCAUUCCGAUCGCGCCAAAGGUGUUGCGCUAUCUCAAAAACAAGCAUAUGCUUCUUCAAAAGGAGUUGCAUGCUUUUUAUCCUCCGGUGAAGGGUAAUGGACAUUCUCAAAACCAUCAACUCCGAGGAUUCAAGAACUCGGAAUUAUACAGUCAGUGGCGUAAAGCUUAUCGCCCGGAUAUUGAGGUCAGCGAUACUGCCACGGAUGUUCACAAGUUCUUAGAGAAAAUCUUCGACAUCAAUUGGGUUGCCAACACCAAAGAAAUCGAAGCUCAACGAGCCGCGGAAGCAGAAGCGCAGCCGGGACCAUCGACAGGAGCGCUAACAUCGCAACAUUGGCGUGAGCCGUGCGUUGAAGUCACCAGCGCGUCGCGUCCGAAAGGCGAUUUUUUGUCGAUGAACGAACUUGACGCGAUUGGUGUUCCAAUCUCGGGCCUUCGCGGUGCGGGCACGAGAAGAAAUCGCCCGUUGCGACUUUCUCGUGCCGCUCCGCAACCGCUUCGUGCGCAUCCCGAUCUUCAAGGAUCGGCUGAAGAUGAGCUGGGCAAUGAGCAACAGGAUGAUGAGGAAGAAGGACCAUCAGGAAGCUCGCAGCCAAAAAAGAAGCAUCAUCCCAAGAAGAAGGGAAAGAAAAAUCGAAAGAAAUAA